AUGAAGGCCUCCAUCAUUCUCGCUCUUCCCUUCCUUUCCCUUGCCGCUGCCGCCCCAGCCAAGGCCGAUAAACGAAUUGACCUUUCAAAGAUUCUGGAACCUCUCGACUGCCCGCUCGAGGUCGCUUCGCUCAUCCCAGACUGCCUUCCAAGAGCUUCAGAUGGGCAAAAGAUCAACCUUGAACCACUCACGAUGUGUCUCAGGAAGCUUGGAUUGAAUGUCGAGCGGACGGUAAAGCUGGAGGAAAUUACUUGCAUCUACAGAAGCUCUAUAUAA